GCUCUGGCGGCUACUUAAGGCGCGCGCGCGGCGGCGCGAGGCUCGCAGCGGCAGUAAAUGGCGCUGCGCGGGAGAGUGGCUCUGGUGACCGGAGGAGUGCAGGGCAUCGGGAGAGCUGCAGCCGAGAGCCUGCUGGAGAACCAUGCCAAGGUUGCGCUGGUGGACCUGAACCAGGCGGUGGGAGAGGAGUGUAAGAAAGAGUUAGAUGAGCAGUACGGACAAGACAACUGUAUUUUUAUACAAUGUGACGUGACGGACGGAGGAAGGCUGAAAGAGGCGUUCAAAAGCACAGUGGAACGAUUUGGAAAACUAGAUAUCGUCAUCAACAAUGCUGGAAUCAACAAUGAGAAGAACUGGGAGAAGACCAUCGAGGUGAACCUGACUUCUGUCAUUAAGGGCACAUAUUUAGCUCUGGAGCACAUGAGUAAAGAGUACGGCAAGGGCGGAGGUGUCGUCGUUAAUGUCUCCUCCAUGGCAGCAUUCCUUCAUUCCCCUUAUCAGCCGGUCUACACGGCCACCAAACACGGCGUGAUCGGAUUCUCCAGAUCGCUCGCGGACGCAUCUGAGAACUGCAACUACGGCGUGAGGAUCAAUGUCCUGUGUCCGGCCUUCGUGGACACGCAGCUCCUUCUCAGCGUCGAGUGCGAGGAGACCAUGGGCAAAUUCGUCAGGUACAAAGAUGACAUCAAGCAGAAGAUGGACCUGUUCGGAGUUCUUAAGCCGUCUCUGAUCGCGGAGGGAAUGAUGCGCCUCAUAACAGACGACAGCCUCAACGGAGCCGUAAUGAAGAUAACCUGCUCUAAAGGGAUUCACUUCCACGAGUACGAGCCUCUGUCAGCCUGAACCGGCACGAAAUCAGCCGCUCUCAGCUCAGGGCCCGUCAUUCAGCAGCUUGUCCGAACUGGUCCCCGCAACACUCCCGGAUCAGCCCAGAUGUGCCCGGGAUUCCUGAAGACCUGAGCUGUUACAAACACAAAGGAUGAUUUACCGUAAGACACGUGUCAUCAGGAAAGUCCCUCCUGUUUCAGUUCAUCAGGUCUGAGGAGCUUUCACAACUUUCUGUUUGUUAACACAAAGGAUAAAGUGAAGCAGGACAAUUUUGGUUCAUAAGUUCAUUCAGCAAAAUGUAAUAGGUCUGUUUUUCUUCCUGGCUGGUGUGUGAUUGCUGUGUAUCGAGCCAUGUUUAUAAAGAUUCCUUAGAAAAACAGUUGCUUUUAUGAUAUUUAUUAUCUGCUUCUUUUGCUAUAAUCGCUCCAGACCAUGUAAUUAUUAUAAUUGUCAUUUAUUAAUUUUAGCAAAUUGUGAUAUUUUUCUGUGUACUGUAGAAACAAAGGUGUGUGUGUGUGUGAAUAAUAUUGAUAGUAUAUUAAGCAAAAUUUACGUAUACUUAUAGU